AUGAUCGAAUCGCUUGUAGGAUAUUUAGUGGAGGCAGAAGAAGAAGGCGAGCCCAACGCGAAGGAGGAAGACGCGAAACUAGCUGCGCAUACUCCCGGCACCAAGCCAUUUCGAGCCUCAGUAACAGCCGCGUUCGCUGCUCGCCCAAGUCCACACCUCAACCUGAUUUCUAACGACAUUGAAACCGAUGUAUCUCAGUUGAUCUCGAGUAUGCGGAUCAGAAGGAGAAUACGCAAAAGAUGGAAGCAGACUGGAACGAGGUGCGAUAUCCCCUCAGUUCCCCUCUUACGGUUCAGCUUCGCAUCUGCUGCGCGCUCGAGCACAUGCGUUCGAACGAUUCCUAUGAAGACUGAUCAUCGAACACAGACGGUCCGGAUAGCGCAUCCUGGACCAUCUCCCAAUGCUCCUCCCGGCGUUGUGACAGCGUUCGCGUUCGAUACUGCUCAAGAACUGCUGUGGACCGGGAAUGAAUAUGGCCGCGUCACUUCAUUCUACGGCCAGGACCUCCAGCGCUACACAUCUUAUCGAGGUCACAGCAACAGUGCACCCCGAGGAGCACCGGGUAAUGCUCACGUGAAGCAGUUCCUGUUCUGCGAGAAAGGAGUGCUUUCGAUCUCGUCGAAAAGCAUACACCUCUCGAGCCGCACAGGCCUGACGUUAUGGCACCUCUCGUCUCCGGACAUGGUCGAAUUGCGAUGCAUGAGCUUCUUGAGUUCGAGCAAUGCAGAGAUCAUCGUCGCAGGCUGCCAAAAGCCCAUGUACCGUAUCGAUGUGGACAAGGGCGCGAUCACCGACGCGAUCGAGCAAAGUGCACCCGUCGCCUUCACCAUGAUGAGGCGGGCCAGAGAUUUGAUCUGCGCUUCUUCUCACGAUGGCUCCAUCCAUCUGCUGGACUCGAAGACGCUUUCUGUUGUUAACAGCUGGAAAGCCUACGCGGGCUCGGUGAACGACAUGGACGCGAGAGGCGACUAUCUCUUAACAUGCGGCUGGGCUCAGCAGCAGCAUCAUGGACUCGGGCUCGAGCGACUUGUCCGCGUCUACGACCUCAAGAACCAGCGAUCAGUUGCUCCAGUCACGUUUGGACAAGGAGCUGCAUUCGUUCGCAUGCAUCCCAAGCUGUCAUCAACAUGCAUUGUUAUCUCGCAGAGUGGAGCCAUUCAGUCCAUAGACGUGCAGAAUCCGGAUGUCCCAAUGAUGCGAUUCGCGCAGACCUUCGAAGCACAAGUGACCGGCCUCGAGCUCGUGCCGUCCGGCAAAGGCUUCGCGAUGACGGACAACCACUGCCAGAUCACCCUGUGGGGCUCGUCAACGAAAAUGCAAUUCACCGAGUUCAGUCGUCCUACGGAGUUCGAGGACACGCCGGCAUCCACCAAGCACCUGGACUGGUCCACCGCCGAUAUUCCGCUGAACAUGGUCGGUAUGCCAUACUACAGAGAAGCCCUUUUCUCGGGACUGCCCAACAGCCUGGUUCAUGAAGUUGGCGCACCGCCGGCUAAGUGGGACCCUGCUUUUCUGAGCAGUCUUCGAAAGUUCGAACAUGGCAUGGUUGGACCCAACCCUCGCACUUCUCGGCGCUACGAGGUCCAAAACACACGGUCGAUCAAUGGCAUGCAACACUCGAUCAUUGCGCCGAAAUUCUUGAGCGAGCAGCGGAAGGAUGAAGAAGGUCAAUACGAAGUCGACAGGAGGCUCAGUGAAGACGUCAACAAGACGUUGGGUAUGCUUACACUGACCAGCGGUCCGCCAGUUUACUACCAGCCGCAGAAAAUGGCGUACAGCAAAUUCGGCGUCGAUGACUUCGACUUUCGCUACUUCAACCAGACGAGGUUCUCAGGUCUAGAGAUUCACAUCGUCAACUCAUACGCCAACCCGUUGCUGCAACUCUUCCGCUUUACCAAUGUCAUCAGAAAUCUGGCACUGCAGCAUACAGCGCUGGACUGCAGGCUGGAGAACUGCAUGCUGUGCGAGACUGGAUUCGUGGUGGACAUGCUGGAGAAAGCACAGGGUCUGAUCUGCCAGGCAACCAACUUCUUCAAAGCGCUCAGCAAGCAAAACAAUGCAGCAGGCCUUGCGAUCCUGGAGGAGAACACAUUCAACACGCAGCUCACCAUCAUGAUGCAAAACCUGACACGGUAUCUGCUCCCGACAAUGGAUGACAACUUUCGUCGCAUUGGCGUCAAUGCCUCACAACUGCAGCUUGCUCUUGGCACAAUUGGACGAGCGUAUAGUGUAUGUUCGUCCUGCUCGUACGAGGACUACAAGGACCAGGUCUGGUUCAGCCAUGACCUGACAUACAGCAAACCGGCGAAGCACAAUCAGAGAAACGUACGGCACUACUUUUCUCGGCUCUUGAAAGAGUCGGUGGAGCGGUACGAGCAGCACCGAGGGUGGUGCAUGCGGUGUCAGAGCUACAAAGCCAUACGAUCCCGACGUGCACUAUUACGGACGCCUUCGGUGCUGUUGAUCAAUGCUGCUAUCCACACGCCGGAAGCGAAGUCAUUGUGGUCCACCCCAGGCUUUCUGCCACGAGAGAUCGGUAUCAUCGUGCACGACGACCAAUUCUUCUGCUACGAAGGGCAGGACUUGCAAUUGCACCUGCAACGCCGGAUUUACGACAUCACGGUGUACGAGUUGACAGGAAUCAUCGCGGAUGUAUCGAUGACAGAGUCGCAGCAGUCUCAUCUGGUAUCAGUGGUCAAUGUCAGUGUGGCCGAUCCCGAGCCGACGAAGCGAGACAACUGGCACUUGUUCAACGAUUUCAUGGUGAGGCCCGUAUCUGCGCAGGAAGCGCUGUACUUUGACGCUCGAUGGAAGCUUCCAUCGGUCAUCAGCUACCAAGCCAAAGGCGUCUCACACCAUCUCGACGAGUCGUGGAAAGAUAGGAUCGACACGAGCGUACUUUAUCGCAGCAGCACGCAGCCAGCCCUCACACCAUCAUACCAAUUCAGGGCCAUCUCACCGCUCGAAAGCCUGCCCAACCAAAACACACACUGCGCUAUCGACGCCGAAUUUGUCCGCCUCCUGCGCGAAGAAAUCGAAAUGAACGCCGACGGCAAACGCGCCAUCACCCGCCCAGCCCGCUCCGGCCUCGCACGUGUCUCCGUCCUCCGAGGCGACGGCCACGAGCAAGAACUCGCCUUCAUCGACGACUACAUCGCCAUCAACGAGCCCGUCGACGACUACCUGACCCAAUACUCCGGCCUCAACCCGGGCGACCUCACCAUCGGCAUCUCCCACUUCACCCUCGUCAGCUUGAAGGAAGUCUACAAGAAACUCUGGGUCCUGCUGAACCUGGGCUGCAAAUUCAUCGGCCACGGUCUCAGCAGCGAUUUCCGCACCAUCAAUAUCCACGUCCCCGAAGCCCAAGUCAUAGAUACGCAAGACCUCUUCUCGCUCGGCGAGCGCACGCGGCGGAAACUCUCCCUCCGCUUCCUGGCGUGGUUGCUGCUCGGCGAGGAUAUCCAGCAGAACCUGGUCGCCGGGCACGACAGCAUUGAAGACGCGCGCACGGCGCUGAAGUUGUGGCGGAAGUAUCUGGAGUAUGAGGACGCGGGGUUGGUGGAGAGGAUCAAGGAUGAUAUCUACUACCGUGGCAAGGCGUAUGAUUUCAAAGUGCCUGUUGGGAGGGAUGGGAAGAGGAUGCCCGAGACGCCGCAUGCGAGUGCGCCUGGGACGCCGGAGAGGAAGCCAGUCGGGGUGGCGAGGAUUAACACUCCUGCUAGAUCUGACUUUGGGAGUCCGUUGAGGUGA